AGCAUUGUAAUUUGUGGCGCUUAAAAGUGAGAAAUUUAAGUUGGCUACCAGUCGGCAUUUGACAUUUUUGUCAGUUUCUCUUUGGAAGUUGCUGUAUUUGUGGGUUUCCAUCAUGGGUGCUUACAAGUACAUCCAGGAAUUAUACAGGAAAAAGCAAAGUGAUGUGUUGAGGUUCUUGUUGAGGAUUAGAGUAUGGCAAUAUCGCCAACUAACCAAGAUCCAUCGUGCUCCCAGACCCAGCCGCCCUGAUAAGGCCAGGAGGUUGGGAUACAGGGCUAAACAAGGUUUUGUAAUCUUCCGCAUUCGCGUUCGUCGUGGUGGACGUAAGCGUCCCGUACCAAAAGGUGCCACUUACGGUAAACCUAAAGGACAUGGAGUAAAUGAGUUGAAGCCAGUCCGCAAUCUUCAAUCCAUUGCCGAGGAGCGUGUUGGCAGACGAUGCGCUGGUUUGAGAGUACUGAACUCCUACUGGGUGGCCCAAGACUCUUCAUACAAAUACUUCGAAGUUAUUUUAGUCGACCCAGCACACAACGCUAUUAGACGUGAUCCUAAGGUUAACUGGAUUGUUAACGCUGUACACAAGCGUCGGGAACUCAGAGGCUUGACUUCUGCUGGCAAAUCGUCCCGAGGAUUGGGCAAAGGUCACAGAUAUUCUCAGACAAAGGGAGGCUCCAGAAGGGCUGCCUGGCUCAGAAGGAACUCUUUGCAAUUACGCAGAAAGCGAUAGUGUUCUGUAUAAUUUCAGAAUAAAGGAUUGUGUGAGGACUA